CGCCACAUCCCGGAAAGAGAGGCGAGAGACCCUUUAACAAAUUCCCCAGGGUAAGACAGAUUUGAAUGCAGAUAUUCUGGUCUACAGAUAACAGGAUAUAUUGGACGCAACUAUUGUCAAAGCAUCCAUAUGACAUUUACGUCGGUUUAUGAUUGACUGAAGACUACACGUGUCUUCUCAGUGUGAACUACUGCUACAGUAAAGUUCCAUCAGAGAAGCAAGAAGCAUGGACUAUAUAUUUCUGGUCUUCUUGGUUCAUGGUGUCCAAUGUAUCAACACAAGUCAAUGGACUGCUGUAUCCAGGCACAGAGUUGACACUUUGGGUGGCUUCUGGAAUAGCUCAAGUUUAACCUUAAUCGAGUGUGUCUAUAUGUGCUUACACUCACAGGGGUGCAAGGCAGUAGCUACUAAAUCAACUACCAAACCAAGAGAAAGACUGUGUGUGUUUCGGAAGCAUGGGUCUCUCCAAGGCGACAACAUCAUGUUCCUGAAUCGUACCAAUGAUCCAGAACCAAAUCCAGAAGAGUUUCUCCUCUAUGAACCACGACACACCAUCACCAUCAUGUCGAAGAAUCCCCUCUCAACGGACAUCAUCAACAAAGUGCCACCUAGCAGAAAUAGCAACAGCUUUGAGGGACUGCCACCUGAAGGACAUCCAGUUGCCCAAAGAAAAAACGCCAAACAGAACAGUGCCGUCAUAUCAAAUCCUUUGGAUUCACUUGCUAGCAAAAAGGGGCUCGGAAAAACAGAGCAAGAUCUUAAGAUAAGCCUAUCUGGUUUGAUUGUAAUUCAGCAAUACAAUAGAUCUAGACGAAGAGCAUUGUAUACUUUCGAUGUUGAGACGUGGACAUUUCUUCAGCACAGAAUGGAUGUGAAGGGUACGAUCAUUAAGGUUGUGUUUGAUCUCAAGAAGAACGUGAUAUAUCGGGUGGAGUGUGGCAGUUCCAGUAGAGCCAGCACACUGAAAUCAACAUCACUGACGACACUUGCGGAGAGGCGCCUGUUUGAUCUACCAACAAGAAAUGUGGAUCUUAAUGUGCAAGAUAAUGGUCUGUACGUGGUAACUAAAACUCGCACGGGAAGCAUUCUGAUAAAAAAAGAAUUGGUCUACAUGGGAAAGAAUGAUAAGACACUUUUCACCUUUCCCCAUAAUAUCAAUGUUGACCAUAUGCAAUCCGUUAAGGUGGACCCUAUUCGAAACAAGGUCUACUGGUUAAUAUUGUCCCGAAGAAAGGUACUGUUGUAUGUGACUGACUUCAGCAGUGAAACUAAACCGGUUCACAUUGUGCUGAAAACAAGGAAUGCGUACUUGUACCUAUCUACUGAGCUGUACUGGGCUGAUGACCAAGGUGUAUGUUCAGUUGCCGACUUCAAAAAGGGCAUUUCAAAGCAUGUUACACGAUGUGGAUUUCAUGUGAACUCAGUAUCCACAGUUGGGAGAUACAACGGCUAUUGGUAUCUGACCUGCUAUAGUAAGAAAGGGACCAGGAUCCGUAUCUAUGAUGGUGAAAUGAAACUAAUGAAAGAACUGCAAGUGAAGUUUAAAGGUAUUGUUGUAUCUGAAUAGUGGACCGACGUCGAUUCUAGCAUCGAUCACGAAAAUGCUGUCAUAAUGUAGUGACAAUGUUACGUCAAUGUUCUCGAACUGUCAUCAAUGUCAGCAUUUCACAACUUCUGUGUUGUACAAUCCAGAGUCUUCUUUCUAAACAGAUUUCAAAGAACAUUCGCAAACAAAUUGUUUGAUCUUGGUUUCUAUAUUAAAGCUUUGAAAACGUUCCAUGACAUUUCCAAAUCUAACGCAACAAACUUGUGAUAUCCGAUGUAUUUCCUUAUUUUGACGUGUACCAUCUGUUUCAGUUUGUUUAUGAGAUCAAAUGACUUUCCUUUGCAUGUUCAAAACAUAUGUACACAUGGGACUUCAUUAAGCACACCCGUGUUUUAGAACACCAGUGAUAUGAACAAAAGGUGUCAGAACUUUCAUACUUCUAGAAGGACUGUAAUGCCUGAUUUUCUGAUAGAAGAUUGAACGAACAUUUUGUACAGGUUGGACCCUUGCUUGCAAACGACGAUGUCAGAUCAGGGCUCUUUGCCAUGAUGUAUCGCUGGCCAAUAAGAUUUCCCAAUACAGUCACCAAUGUCAACUGAGUCAAGGGAGAUGCAUCCUCACACCAUAACAGAGCCUCCACCAACGGGACCAGUAAGAUAAAUGUUCCUCGGCACACAUGCAGCAUUAAUGCGCUUACACACUCUCAACGACCAUCUUUAACACCAUGGACAAAUGGAUCCGUGUCCUGGUGCGAAGAUUCCAGCGCCGUCGAUUGAAACACCACUGCAGACAGUGCCUUUGAUGUUCAUGAGUCAGAGUUGGACGCCUGUUGAGUGGGACCUCAAACCAAGAGCAUUGAGACGGUUACUCACGGUCUUAGUUGACAUACGUCUACUGGGCACCGAGAGUUGUUUCAAACAGUGCUCGUUACGAAGGGUUCACGACUCGGACGAGAUUGCGAUCUUCGACUGGAGUAGGUCUUCCUGGCAUUGGUCAAUCCUUGACAGUGUCUGUUUUGCUGGUGUUUCCGGAUAAGUCUACUGAGUGGCAGAGACUAGGCUGACGCCCAAUAGCCUUGAAUGGCAUGCCACCCAUCUCAGUUCCAAUGACAGUCCUCUUCUCGCCAUGUUAAUAUCUAUGGGUGAGUGAGUGAGUUUAGCAAUAUUCCAUCAAUAUCAAAGCGGGGACACCAGACAUUGUAUGGAUGGAACGGAUGGCAUAUUCACAAGUUUUAAACCCUCGAACGGCCAGACAGAUCUUCAUGAUAUGAGCGAGUGGCAUGCUUCACAUUCAGAUGGGCUGCGUUUUGGCAAAUUAUUUCAAACUGAAACAUUGUUUCUUAUGACCUGAAAUGUGUUACUGAACAGUCGCAUCAUUACCAUCAUCGAUAGCUGGAUCAUUAUGAUGAACAUCGCUAUGAUGAAAUGCAUUAGGGGGUGCUUAAUUAAGUUCCAUGUGUAUAGAUCGAUGUUCAUGAUAUCAAUCUCUGCUAUUCUAUUACACACAGACCGCCACUGUAUUGUUA